GGCUCUCGCGCCUGCGCGUCGCCUCCUGGGUCUGUCACGGAAACGGGAGCUUGGCGUUUCAUGUAAACAACCGUCAACCGUCGGAGAUUUAAACCCCCCCAAAAAUGAAAAAAAAUAGUGAAACACAGACUGAAGAGAGGAGACAGAAGAACUGAUAGACUGCCAAAAGGAAAGAGACCAUAGGAAAAUGACAGGCUGAGACAAUUACACAAUGUAUGAUACCCACAAAGUAAGGGUGGAUGACAACUAGGAAGACAAAAGCAGUCUGAUGCCAGAGACUUAUGUCUGUAUGGCAAGCUACAGAAAAUAAACUGACAAGACAAGUAAAACUUGAUUUUGUUUGUUUGAAAAUACCUCAAAUUCUGGAACAAAAAAACUAUGCAAAGGUAUUGCAAAAGAAAUAAGCAGAUUUCUAUUGGUAAAAAUAUAACUCUGUUCUUCACUGAACAGAAAAGAUUACAAAAUCGUUGUGACUUUGCCCAGAUUUUGCCUCAAGAACUAACUCUGAAAAUUUUUAGUGAACUGGAUAUUCGAAGCCUGUCUAAUGCCGCAAUGACAUGCAAAGUGUGGAAUGAUCUGAUUGAAAACAGUGACAGCCUGUGGUACAAUCACUGCUUGACAAUAUUGGCAGUCUGUAAAAGGGAGCUGCAAUGUGAUCGAGCAAGUGGACAUUCGUGGAAGGUUACCCUGGUGAGGAACUACAAGAAAAGCAACAUAAAACGAGCAUGGCUACUUCACCACGAUGCUGACUGCAAGACACACUUCCCAGGAAGAAACUCAAGGAAGCUUCAGGACAGAAAGAAAAGGAGGCCUUUCAUUUUACAUACAGCGGGAUUUUCUGCAUCCGCCUGCCACCAGGAUUGUCCGGUCCUGAUGCAAGUCAAUGGACUUCUGGUCAGGGCGCUGCCUCGCCCCGCCCGCAGGGGUCCUGCCCGCAAUGGGGCCGGAAAAUCCCGGCCAGAGUGAUGCAUUUGGUAAGAUGAAAAUUUUGCAUUCAGAAAACUGCAACCAAUAAUGUAUAGAAAGUCAAAAUCAACACCUAACAAUGGAAAUAAAAAGUUCAACAAAGUUUGCAUCAAAAGGUAUGAGUCAGCAACAGCUACCAAUUGUAGGGAAUAGAAGGUGAACUACUUAUACCCUUCUUGAUACUUUUUGAUAUUUCUGCCAUUUUCAUUUCGCGACUAAGGAUCUCACUCUUGUAACUUUGAAAGAUAUUGUAAAUUACCAAAUUUGUAACUUACUAAGGAAAGAAUACACAAACUAGGGUCGUAUUCUCUGGAAUUGAGGAGGUUGAGGCUUAUUUUAUUGAAGUUUUCAAGAUAUUAAGGGGAACUUAAGGGUAGAAGCAAACUGUUUGCACUAGUUGAGAAGUCUAGGACUUGGGUACAUGCUGUAAAAGCGAGAGCCAGGGCCAGGAUUUUACGGCUCUGCCGAGACGUGUCUCCCUGGCAGAUGCGGUGAGCCACUUAAAUCUCCAUUCAGUUUGGCAGGACCGUAGUAUCCCAUCAUGUAGGAGGCAGAUCUGGCCCAGAUCUUUCAGGAGUUAAAUUAGGAAAUAGGUCUAUACACAAAUUUUGGAAGAAGUUUUGAAUGCUUCUACAAAUGGCAAUUGAUGCUAGAUCAGUUGUUAAUUUUAAUCUGAGAUUGAUAGAUAUUUGUUCACCAAUGGUAUGAAGGGAUAUGAGGCAAAAGCAAGAAUGAGGAUGUAGGUUGCAGGUGAUCCCUGAUCUGAUAGAAUGGCAGAACAGGCUCAAGAGGCUAAAUUGCCUCCUCCUGUUUCUGUUAUCCUAAAUGAUUAUGCCUUUCAUCACAACAGCAUUUUCCAUGCUUAAACUGUACCAAUAACAUUUUCUACAAGAAAUUUAUGCCUCCCUGACAAGAGUGGGGUUAGAAUUUGUAGGAAUUCCCAGAUGUUAGCUGGAAGCAAAGGUUUGAAGUGCAUUGUUAAUGCAUUAGCACUCAAUAUGAAAAGUUAUUCAAAUUUGAAAUAGGUUGCAAAUCUUUCUCAUUUGUCUUCGAUCAUAAGGCAAUAAUUCUCCUUAACAAUGAUAUUCUGUGGUGUACAACCCCUCCCCCUCCCAUAACUCAACACACCAGCAUCCUAGGAAUUGCAAAGCAGAUAGCUCUGGGUUGAUUAUACUUAAAAAUCCUUGUUUUUUUCUAAGGAUUCAAUCAAACCUGAGUAAAGGCAGUCAAGUCAUCUCAUUGGAUGACCGACCUUGUAAAACACAAGAUAGUUAAAUUACACCACUUACGAAUAUCAUUGAAAUGAUCAGUUUUGGCAGCCACAUAAAACAGUGAAAGGAAAUGCUACACUUAUUUUUAAUUUGCAGCAUGCAUGUUGUCAAUGAACAUCUUACAAAAUGCAACAAAUAUGCAACAAGUUAUGAGAAC